AAAGAUUCUUUUUAAUCAAAAGGUUUUUAUUUGAUAACAACUUCAAUUCUUGACAUAUACAAAAGAAUAUACAUAUAGCAAAUGAAUAUCAUCUCUUUACAAAGUAAUAGAAACAUUAACAACUCAUAUACUUAACACUAUACGUUAUCUGUUAUCUGUUAAAACUGUUAAGCAAUAUUGUUUAAGUCCAUCACUCUAACAACUGUUGUUUAAACUUUAAACAAGUUGUUACAAAAAGUUUAAACAACUGUUUAAAAUUUAAAGAAAUAGUUGUUAGAGUGACGGGCUUAAACAGCGUUUUUACAGUGUGUAGCGCCACCUUCGAUGCUUAGAUAAUCAGACCUUGGUUUUCUUAGGGGGUGUUGCAAUAAUAUUCAAAUAUUUGCAAUCAAUCGCAAAUAUUCUGUUGCAAUUUCACAAUUGAUUGAUAACUUUUAACUAUAGCAAAUCAGACUACGUUCCUUGUUUCAUGGAGCAUAUUAGCGAUCAAUUGCAAAUUUGCACUUAAUUGCACGGCUUAUGCUUGAUUUUUGGAAAGAAUGUUGACUUGCAAUUGAUCGCAAGUUUCUUGCAACGCCCCAUAAGACUGUUAAAGUUGUUUUCAGGGAGAGAUUUUUAGAGAGACGUUUAUAGAUACGAUAGACGGCUUAUAGACCAGAACGAUCGAAUGAAGACACACAGAUUUGUGUCUUUUUAGUAGAGACCACUUGUAGCAAAUAAUGUUUACAGAGAGUCGAGCAAAUAUACCAUAACAAAAGAGAAGACAUGUUCUAUUCGGUAGCAAAGAAGACAAACUUCCUCACACAAUGUUUGUUUCUAAUUCGUUUGCUUAUGUGGUAUGAUGCGGCUAUACUGCAGAGUUCACUUACAAUCAAUCAUUUGAGCAUCAAUCAGGGAAUUGCUUUUAAAUCAUAUUUUUCAGAAACUAAUUCGGACAUAUUAUGUCGGAAAUAGGUAGAUGACUUUCGUGUUAACCAGCACGGUAUAGUUCAAUAAAACUUUUAUAAUGAAAUAGGCUUAAACAUCACAACUUGCAUGAAGAAUGUUUGGGAUCAUUCCGGGGAUCAUUAUGGACAAUUUAGAUACAAAAUAGAAUAAAACUGUUGUUAUUAUGAAAUUAGAAAACAUUAAAACGCACUUCUGUUUUCAUGAAUUGAAUUGAAUUUGAAUUGAAUUUAUUAGAACUUCACUGGCAAUUGCCAGCAUUUUGUUCAUAACAAGAAGUACAAAAUGAUACAAGACAAAUAUACAAUGCAAGGAAUAUAAGCAAAUAAACAAAAUGAAAAUAUAACCUGCAAAAAGAGGUAUUUUUCCUUUUACAAUAUCCCUUUCCUUUUAUUUUCAAAUACAAUUGAAUAUAAUUGUAUCGCUUAUAUGACUUCACUAUAUACUUAUUUAUUUAUUUAUUUAUCUAUUUAUUUACCAGGUCCAUAUGAAAAUUUAUACCUUUGCAGAAAAUGAUAUGAAAGAUAAAAUUAUAUCAAUGGCCAUAAAUUAUAUAGAGUUUCAUAAGUAGUCGAGAACGAAGAUAAAAAGAAAUAUAAUCUACAUCUUUCGAACAAAUUUGCAAUUACAGAAAGCCAUUAUAAUAUUGUAUUUACUCAUCUACAUGGCAUGCGUGGUGCAAAAAAAUAAAAUUAUAUCUUUCGGCGGUUGAACAAGAAAAAAAAAAACGCUAUCAUUUUUGCACCAAUCAAAACUUCUGUCCAAUUUUAAAGAGCUAUGAUUCAGAAUGUUGUUUGGUAUUAUGCAUCUUUUCUGACCAAGCUGACUUCAUUCACGGUAAAUGUUUCCUCCCUGACGUUUUUUCACUACAGAAUGAUGUUCUAUCAAGUUUGUUGUCAAUUUUGUGCAGUAACAACUACAGCUAUACAUCCCAAUAUACAUAGGCUAACUUCUCAUCCGACCUAGUUAGAAAGUGUUAGAAAAUAACAGUGAAAGGGUGGUUGAAUCACCAGCAAACAAACGAAAGCCAUCAGUCCUAAACAUUUAGUGGGAGCAAGUGCAACACAAUAGCAGGAAGCUAUUUACCGGAAUGCGCCUUCUCGUCAACAUCUCCGCACUAAGAAAGUAUCUAUCGGAUCUUGUGUUAAAAUAAAUCAAAGAACAGUUUACAUUGGAAGAGGUGUGACUGUUGGUGUAUGCCCUAUAUGGCCUAUACAAACGCGUUUCUGCUCAUAUUUUGAUGAAUAUUCAAUUUCGACCUCGAUGGACUAUAGAAACUUCAUUCCUACAUGCUGAUGACCUAAUAGUAUCGUUUAACAUGUCGCGUAGAAGUCUUAUGCUUUAUUCCAUUGGCUUCUUGAGUGGUGUGCUCCUGCUGGGUUCUCUGUCACAGUUUGGUCAGGUUGUCCGAAUGGAGGAACAAAUCCAGAUCAGCAUCUCACAAGCCCCGGAUCACAUCCGACGCCAGCAUGCCACCGUGGUCAAAGGACUGGUAGGCGAUAAUCGUCUGGUGGCUCUUGAGGAAGAAGCUGACUUGGUUGCCGGAGGUGAAAAACACUCUUCUGACGAUGCUGUGGUCCCCAAAAAAGAGGACAAACUAAAUAAAAACGAUGCUGGUCAACUGAAUGGUCAGACGGAUCCACAUGACUACAAAUACAUCCACAACCCAUCACGGACUUGCUUGAAAAAUAGUGGAAAGAGAUUGAAGGUAUUUGUGAUUUUCUAUUCGAUAUCCGCACCUCAUCAUUUUCUCAGACGACAGACGAUUCGAAAAACUUACGGGGACCGGAGACACUGGGACUCUUUAAGCAUGUUAAGAGGAAAGGGAGUGGUGCGGACAGUUUUCCUUCUCGGCGCCACAUCCAAUGAAACUCUGCAACGAGAUAUUGAUUCAGAGUCCGCUCACCAUGGAGACAUCGUCCAGGAGGACUUUGUUGACAGCUACCUCAACCUGACCGUGAAGACGGUGAUGGGGUUGAAAUGGGUGACCAACUACUGCAGACACGCCCAGUACGCCAUGAAGAUCGACGACGACACCAUGAUGAACCAACGGCUCUUCCAUGACAAAGUGCUGACCAACGCACCACUUACCGACUACGCCACUGGGAAAACAUGGGUCUGGACAGCGCCGGUGCGGAAUGCAAAGAAGAAGUUCUAUGUAUCAGAAGACGACUACCCCUUCCCCACUUUCCCGCCAUACCUGAACGGAGGUGCCUAUGUAUUGUCUUCAGACGUGGUCCAGAAGGCCUACAGGGCUGCCUUAACCACGCCCAUCUUCAAAUGGGAGGACGUCUUCCUGGGAAUGUGCUUGCAGAAGGCGGGAGUUGAAGUCCGUGACAUUGACAGAUUUCUGUUAUUCAAAUUCAAAGAGGAUGAGAGCUACAACCGUCGAGUGCAUCGAGUGAAUGCAUAUGUUUUCAUAUCGGAUUUAAAUGUCACUGAAAUGGUAUGGGUGUGGAACCGAGGACAAAUCAUCUAAAAAAAAGAAUAAUACUAGUACUACUAAGUUCCUUUAUAUAAGGGCAUAUCGAUUAUGUUCCAGUAUGUGUUAACGGACUUUGAUAUGUUUACCCUGGUUUUAGUCUGGCAAGCCUACUACAGAAAUGGGAAAUCAUUUCAAGGAAUAAACUUCAAGGUACUCCUUUACCACCUGAGUUGCGUGCGUGAUGUCUUCUUAAACUGGGUAAUUAAUAAUAAUAUAGGGUAUUUAUAUUGCGCACAUAUCCACCUUGUUAGGUGCUCAAGGCGCUCCUAUAUUACCCGGCUAAGCUAUAUAGGCGUUCAUAGCGCACACAGCUUUUUAAGGAAUUACUUCCUACCGGUACCCAUUUACCUCACCUGGGUUGAGUGCGACACACUGUGGAUCAGUUUCUUGCUGAAGGAAAUGACGUCAUGGCUGGGAUUCGAACCCACGACCCUCUGUUUCAAAGUCCGAAGACUAAUCCACUGGGCCACAACGCUCCACAUGGCUGUCCUAUCACGCCUAUUUAAGGCUUGAUACCAGUAAACUUCCCAUUUGACUUAUUUGUCAUUUUAUCUUCAUUGCAAUAAUAUUACAUAUCUAAUAAAAAGUCUUUCGUACACAUGAUCUCUGAAUAAAACAGUAAUUCGGGAAUGGAUACCUUUUGUUAAAGAUCUUUUUGUCCGAAAAAGAGGCAUAUACAUUUUUUUUGUUUUGAUUUCAGACAAAGCUGUAAUUUUCACCCUCUUUAAAGGUCAAGUCCACCUCAGAAACAUUUUGAUUUGCAUCAAUCCCCGGGGCUUCAAUAGAGAAAAAAUAGACAAGUAUAAUGCUGAAUAUUUCAUCAAAAUUGGAUGUGAUAUAAAAAAAUUAUCAUAUUUAAAGUUUUGCUUAUUUUUCACAAUUUUUUUCAAUAACUAUGUUAUAGUUUAGUCACAUGCAAAUGAGAGAAUGGAUGAUGUCCCUCACUCACUAUUUCUUUUGUUUUUUAUUGUUUGAAUUAUACAAUGUUUCAAUUUUUAGAGAUUUGACAAUAAGGACCAACUUGACUGAACCAUGAAGUUAAACAAUGGUAAUGCCACAUGUUUAGGGAGAAAUUAAAUUUUGUUACACAAUUGUUACACAAGACAAUGAUGAGUAAAUCAGAAUAUUUCAUAUUUCAUAAAAUACAAAAGAAAUAGUGAGUGAGUGAUUCAGUUCGACCGGGAUGUGCAUAUAACUAUUUUGUGAAAUUAAGAGACACUUCAAAAUGUCACUCCUUUCUUAUUUUACAUCCGAUUUUGAUGACAUUUUCAGUGUUAUAGUUGCUGGAUUUUUCUCAUUUUAUUCGAAUCAACUUUUUGUUGGGGUGAUCUUGUCCUUUAAGAAAUAUUAUAACUUUCUUUGGCAAAGAAUGCAGCAUUCAAGUUAAAAAGCAUAAUGUGCAUUGUUUUACCACAGUCGGUACAUAAUUUAAUGUACAUAGAUGCAGAACCCAAAUAGAAAUUGAUGUAUAUUUCUACAGUUAAAGGGUGAAGCCAAAACAACCUCAAAAAUCCAAAGCGUUCCCCAUAUAGCAAGUGGAAAAUAUUAUGUAAAUGAGUAAAACACUGUCAUGUUUUAUCAUAUAUGGGGCUAAUAUCUUUAUGGUAAAAAUCUUGGAUCUGUUAAGUGCAUAAUACCCUUUGAUAAAGCAAAUAUUUAGUUUUAAUAAAGUUUUAAUAAAGUCAA